GCGAAAGAGACCAAACGCUUGGACCUGAGCGGGCUCGGCUUGCGAGAGAUUCCGGGCGAAGCGCGAGAAUUGAGCGAUUUGAUCGAAUUGCAGGUGUCGAAUAAUUUAUUGUACGAAAUACCGGGCGAUUUGAUCGCGAGGUUUGAGAAAUUGGAGCGAUUGGGAUGCGCCGGGAAUCGCCUGCGAGCGCUGCCGCGCGAGGUCGGGGGGUUGAAGUCGUUGCGGGGAAUCUGGGCGCACGGGAAUUUGUUGAAUCGCGUGCCCGAAGAGAUUGGCAAUUGUGAGAGUUUGCGAAAUUUAGUGCUCGGGGGCAAUCGCCUGCGCGAGCUGCCGAAGACGUUGGGGAACUUGAAGAACUUGGAAGAGCUUUCGGCGCCGGGAAAUCAGCUGACGUCGCUGCCGGAUUUGGGAUCGAUGCCGCUGUUGCGAGAGAUUGAUUUACACGGGAACGCGAUAGAGGCGUUACCGGAAGAUAUGUCGGGCCUAAAAGCGCUGGAGACGCUGAGCUUACAAGGGAACAAGCUGAAGACGAUUCCCAAGAGCGCCGCGACGCUGCGACGUUUGCGGGCGUUGAAUUUAGCCGAAAACGUCGUCGAACGACUUCCGAGCGAAAUAUCUGAGAUGACGAUGUUGACAUCGCUUUGGUUGUACUCAAACGCCUUGAAAGAGUUACCGGAGACGAUGAAAAAGAUGCCGUCGCUUCGUCAGCUGUGGAUCGAGGGCAAC